AUGUCCCUAAGAACCACCACCAGCGGCGGAACGACGGAAGCCCUAGCAUCGGAACCAGAAACAACAUCGGCAACCGCGCCAGCGCAAGCGGCGGCGGGCCCGGCGGCUCCGGCGGUCCCGGCGGCGCAAGCGGCGCAGGCGGCGCAGCAGCUGGCGCGGUGGCGGCAGCAGCAAGGCGCGAGCUGGCAGUCGUUCGCGCUGGAUCUCGCAUUAGGCGGCGCGUUAGGCGGCGUGUCGCACACGAUCGUGGCGCCGAUCGAGCGCGUGAAGCUGCUGCUGCAGACGCAGGACAGCAACGCCGCGAUCCUCGCGGGGCAGCACCGGCGGUACCGCGGGUUCGUGGACGCGGUCACGACGAUCGUGAAGGAAGAAGGCUUUUGGGCGCUCUGGAGAGGGAACGGGACGAGUGUCAUGCGCUACUACCCGUCGCUCGCGCUCAACUUCGCGUUCAAGGACUACUAUCGCGUUCUCUUCGCCCCGUCUCACCUACUCACAGAUCCUUCCGCCACGCGAAUUGCUGCAGGAAACUUCCUGGCAGGCGCAGCAGCAGGAGCCACGAGCCUCCUAGUCACGUACCCCCUAGACGUGGCGCACACGCGCCUGGCCACCGAUAUAGGCACGCGCAGGCAGUUUGCAGGCAUGCGAUCCGUUAUAGCGGCGCUCUGGCGGGCGGAGGGGAUCCGAGGCUUAUAUCGCGGAUUUCCUGCGUCUGUGCAUGGGAUUAUCGUGCAUAGGAGUCUCGUUCUGCAGCGCCUACAGACCGACUCUUGGGAGGCCGCCAUUCUGACACGAGAAGGGUUAAGAGAGGUGGAAGAGGCGUGGAGAGGGGUGAGAAGGGGUGGAACGAGUGACGGAAAGGGGUCACCCACAGUAAGCACCGCGUGCAACGCUCCUCCAGACGCUUAA